CCCAAAGCAGCCUCAGGGCAAGCAGCCUACCGGUAGAUGUCCCGGGAUCCCGGUAGGCCAGUCCAGCCCUGCAUAGAUGUCAAUAAAAAUUUGGAAGAGGUUCUAAUCCCUUAUCGCCACUCUAUCUAAAAACAAAAAAAAGGAAACGUUUUUGCCUUUACAUAGAAUCAAAUUAUUUUACAUUAAUACAGAGAUUGUUUUACUACAGUGAAACACUCUGUAAAAGUGAAGGUAUUUGGUUAUCUGCUGUGCUGAUUACUGUCCACUUAAUAUGUUUUGGCAUAAGUAUGUUCAGUUUGUGGAACAUCAAGGUGGAUAUGUGGCUUUGUGUUUGGCUUGUGCAUUAAUCAUGUUAUUUGCAGGAUUAGAGUGCAAAUCCUCACAGAAUAAGACUUAAAAGGAUAAACAGGCACACUUAUCAGUAGGGGUAAUGUGCUUCUAUUGCAUGAAGAACAGCUAUAAAGACAGUUAGGUGUCAAACAUCUAGCUGGACAGAAAGAACCCACCUGGAAUACAAAUAUAACGAAUCUCGGCACUUAAUAUAGAGAACUUGCUGAAAUAAUGUCCUCUUCUGUAAAUACUACUGGAGCUUCUUUUCUCAUAGAAGCAUUGAUGGGUUGGACAUCACAGCCGGAAGAGCGAGAAAUGCGGAAUUUUGGAACCCUACCUAGCCAAGACAAAUCUGAAGAAAGGUUAUACUCAAAUACAGGACUAAGGUCAAGACAGUCAGAAGAAAAGGACAAAAUGGUUAAACACCAUACAAGACAGAACACACUGAAGCCAGAGGUUAAUGAUAAAAGGGAAAGUGUGAAUCCCAAUAUCAUCAGCCAAUCAGAGACAGGUACACAGUCAUCUGCUAGCAUCUCACCUGAAGAGAAAAUUCUAACAUGUUGUCAGUUAAAACAAAAGACUGUACAUUCUGAAAAUAAUCAACACGAAGAAAAGAAUAAUCUUGAAAAACCCAACCAAUCGUACAUAGCUCUAAUUUCAAAAGCUAUCUUGUCCACUCCAGAAAAAAGGCUGCAAUUAAGUGAUAUAUAUCAGUGGAUCAUGGACACUUACCCAUAUUACCACAACCAGGACAAAAGCUGGAGAAAUAGUGUCCGUCAUAAUCUUUCCUUAAAUGAGUGCUUCAUUAAGGCAGGACGUAGUGAUAAUGGAAAAGGGCAUUACUGGACUGUUCAUCCUGCCAACAUGGAGGCUUUUUCUCAAGGAGAUUAUCAGCGUCGCAGGACUAGAAGACGUAUCCGUAGGGUGUCUUCUGUGCUUGGAUGUUCACCUCACUUACCCCUCUGCAAUCUGCCUUGCGCUAACCAAAGGUUUUGCAUCUGGUGCCCUUCUCUCCAUGUGCAUUCCAGUCUUAAUCAAAUGUGGUCUUUAGUGGAAAAUGUUCAGCACCAAUCGCAAAGGUCUCUUGCUGUACCAAUUAUUUGGCCUUGGCAUCAGCUUUCUCCUUACAUAUAAGAUUCUAAAAAGUUAUAUUGAAUCUCAAAACUUAAUUCUAAAUUUGAUUCAUUAUGGUAAACAUAUCAAAUAUUUAUUUUAUGUAGCUUUACAUGUGUAACAUUUUCAAUACAUUUUUAAUAUAUGUACUUCACAUAGAGCACUGAAGAGUUUGCACAAACUGCUAAAAUGAAAGCAUUUUGGCACGCAUAUGAUGGAAGAUGCAAAAUAACUGUUGGGUGUUGAAUGUGUGAAUUACCAUGUAUACCAGUCUGAGCAAGGUUGACCUUAACUUUAUAAGAGUGCAUAUCAUGAGUGCCUAUUUAAGAAAAUGACAUGUAUGUAGGCUGACAUUGCUGCCCUUCCUAUUAAAAUGCUACAACGUAGCUGUGUGGCUUUGGUUUUAA